AAUGUUCAGUUUCAGGAGACAUUCAUUUUAUGACAUUUGAUGGACGUGAAUACACUUUUCAAGCCACUUGCCAAUACAUUCUAGCAAAGAGUCGUACAUCUGGAGAGUUUACUGUAUCCUUGCAAAAUGCUCCCUGUGGACAGAACCAGGAUGGAUCAUGUAUCCAAUCAAUCAGCAUUAUUCUUAAGCAGGAUCCCAAGAGGCAAGUGACACUGACUCAUUCAGGAGAUGUGUUGAUAUAUGACCAGUACAAAAUUAACCUGCCUUAUGCAGAUGAUUUAUUUGAAAUACGAAAACUCUCCUCUGUAUUUCUUCAAGUAAAGACACACAUUGGAUUACAGAUCCUAUAUGACAGAGAAGGACUGAGGCUUUAUCUUCAAGCUGAUGGACGGUGGAAGGAUGAUACCGUUGGACUUUGUGGAACCUUCAAUGGAAAUAUGGAGGAUGAUUUUUUAUCUCCAGUUGGAGUAACUGAAAGCACUCCACAGCUGUUUGGAAAUGCAUGGAAAACUUUAUCAGCAUGCAUUCUUGUGCACGAUAGUUCACAAAUGGAUCCAUGUGAUAUUCAUCUACAGUCAGCCUCUUAUGCAGCAGAAGCUUGUAGCAUCCUUACAAAAGACCUUUUUGCUCCGUGCUACCCUUAUUUGAGUCCCAUUCCCUAUUUUGAGCAGUGCAGAAAAGACACUUGCAAAUGUGGACAGAAUUGUUUUUGCUCUGCUCUGGCUCAUUAUGCUCAUCAUUGCAAAAGAUUUGGAAUAGUAAUAGAUUUCAGAAGAAGUGUUCCAGACUGCGGUGAGUUAUCUUUAACUUCUAGUCAUAAUGAUUACUCUUUGAGGACUUGAAUUAAUCCACUUCUGUCAUUUAAAAACUGAUAUUCAUUUAGUUCUAUUUUCUGAUUGUCACUUUAUCAUGUUGCACAG